GGCGGAGCUUCCUCUAUAAAUUUAAGCAUUUUUUAAAGAGCUGUGUCAGGAGAAGAAGAAAUCUGGUGCAGUGUUGUCGUGUUCCUAAAGUGGACCUGUAUUCAAGAUGAAUAGUUUGAUAUUAGUUCUGAUGGCCUGCCUUGUCUUAGCACAUACGCUGGCAAAUCCACACGAUAGUGGCGUCGAGGCAAGAAAUUCAAAUAUUUCUGAUGAUAUUAGUGACAGCGGAAGUAAUGAUGAUGAUAGCGGUGAAAACGGAAGUAAAGAUGAUGACAACGGAAGUAAUGACGAUGAUAGCGGUAAAAACGGUAGUAACGAUGAAAACAGUAAAACCGGAAAAAACAAGGAUUACAGUGAGUUUGAACAAGACAGACAGAAAUUCAACGACGAAAUCGAUGUCUGCAGACGAGCUGUCAAAGCCAGAUGCGAACAGUUUAUCAUUAUUAAAGAUGAAUGUAAAACAUGUGCAGAACUUUUUGAUGACCAAGCAGCAUGCAUCAAUCUCGACUAUUGCAUAUUUGAUACAGAGACAGGAGUAUGUUCUCCCAAAAUUUGAGGGAGCAGUUCACAAAAAGUACUGUAAACUUGGACGUUGCGAAACCUAGUUUUGCCUGAGAUUUGAUGUAACCCUCUGUACAUGAUCACCUGUGAUUUUUUUGGCUAUAAAUACC